ACCAUUAACGAAUAAGAAAAGAAGUUGAAUGACAUUUAUCAUUUUUCUUUUUAAUAAUAAAGUUAUAUAGGAAAGUUAAAAAAAAUGGAAGUAGAAUCAAAUAAAUCGGAUUUAGGUGAUAAGAAAUCUUAUGCGGGUAUCCCAGAAGCAGAAUUUGUGGAAGAUGUAGAGGCUUACAUGCAACGAUCUGAAAACGGUGGAAACGUCGACGACGUUCUAAAAAGAUUAGAUAGUCAACAUGCCAAAUACAAAUUUAUGGAGUACAAUUUACUAUCUAAAAAAAAGAGAUUACUAAAUCAAGUACCGGAAUUAAAAAGAUCCCUUACGAUGAUCGAGAAACUGGAGCAAGAAAAAGAGGAUUUUGAAACGCAGUUUCUCCUUAGUGAACAAGUUUUUGCUAGAGCUAAAGUAUCUCCUACUAAUACUGUAUGUUUAUGGCUAGGUGCAAAUGUCAUGUUGGAAUAUACUUUAGAGGAUGCUAAAAAAUUGUUAACAGAAAACAUCGCGGUGGCUACGAGAAAUUUGAGUUACGUGGAACACGACUUGGACUUUCUUAGGGAUCAGUUUACUACUACCGAAGUUAAUAUGGCACGUGUGUUUAAUUGGAAUGUUAAGAAGCGUCAGGAGAAAGCAAAUGCUAAAUGAAAAAAAUUAAUUUUGACACUUUUUUAUUGUGUAUUGUGAAUACUUUCUGCAAUUCAAUCUCAAGAUCUAAUUUUAUUAGUAAAAUAGAAAGGAAAAUGUGUCUGAUUCUUUUACGAAUUUUCUGUAUUAAUAAAAAAGUAUCAGUUUUGCAUUUUUUUCAGACUAAUUUUUUUGCUUGUUUAUAAAAAUUUGAAAAAAAUAGUUUUCCAUAUAAAAUAAAAGUUCACUGUUUGUGAA